AUGUCUUCUGACGAAAAGAAAUCAGUGUCGACGGCACUUCGAAAUACGCUCAAUUACACGGCAGCCAUUCCUGUUGAAGGAGAAGUGCGUCGAGCGGCCGCCAGUUUUCAGGAGCAUCCAGUGGAAGACAUGAGCGAGACAGAUAUUAUCACAAUCCGCAAACCGGACGGCACCACCGAGACACAAACUGUGAUAAACAUUGAAAUUGACUUCGUGGCAAGCUGUUAA